UUAAAUUUCCUCUCCCUCGCUCCCUUCUCACUCACAAGUAAGGUUUGUGCCGUCUCUUCUUCUGUUGGCACCGUGCAACAAUAGAGCUAUUGGAUGCAACAGUAGAGCUAUUGGAUGCACGAAAAUGAGUGAUAUUUUGGGUCCUGAUUUGAUCACUGACCUUCCUCAAAGCAUUAUAGAAACCAUUCUCAUACAACUUCCUAUAAGAGAUGCUACGCGAACAAGCAUUUUGUCAAGCAGAUGGAGGAACACAUGGCGUUCCAUCACCCACCUUGUUUUCGAUGAAAAAUCUUUCCCGAUCCCUUGCGAUUACAAUGAUCAACAACUUCUUCAAGAAAGAGUUGUCAAGUUUAUCUCCAUGGUGUUAUCUCUUCACCAAGGACCUAUUCAUAGGUUACAAAUUACACAUAGAAGCUUGCUGAGCUUCCCUGAUAUCGAUCGGUGGAUUCUUUUUGUAUCUAAGAAUGAUGUUGAAGAUUUGACUCUUGAGUUGGGAGGAGAAUUCUUUAGAAUGCCUUCCUGUUUUUUCGAUUGUGAGAAAUUGUUUCGAUUGGAGCUCUCGCGCUGCGAGUUGUAUCCACCCGUUAGUUUUAAGGGGUUUUCGUGUUUGAAGAGGCUCAAUCUUCAUCAGGUUGUGAUAUCCUCUGAAGCAAUUGAGAGACUCAUUUCGACUUGCCCUCUCUUGGAGAGUUUGUCACUUAUAGGCUGUGAUUGUUUAGCUCUUACUAUUUCUGCUUCGAACCUCAAGUACUUGUAUCUCUAUGGUGAAUUCAACGACCUUUAUUUAGUAGAUAUGCCGCUUUUGGUUGAACUAUUUGUUUCUAUGUAUAUGCCUGACGAUGAUCUUUCCGAGCAUAUUGAACAAAGUUCAAAUUGCAAUUUUGUUAACUUUCUUAGUGGUGUGCCAAAUCUUAAGAGACUUGAUGGAGCUGUGCACUUCACAAAGUAUUUGAGCAUAGGUAAUGACCUAAGGCAUCUUGCACUAAUGUUCAACAAUUUGGAGUGUAUUCAAAUGCGUCCGGUAAGUUUUAUGGACAUGAAAGAGAUACUUGUAGUUCUUCGCUUGAUUAAAUGCUCUCCCAAUCUAAAGGAACUUCACAUUUCAGGUAUAUCCGACAUACAAGCUUCUGCAUAUACAGAAGAUUUGGAUUUUUGGGAAAAAGAAUACCACUCAGAUUCUAUACUUCGCAAGCUUAAAGUUGUGGAUUUGGCAGAAAUGAGUGGUGUUCCACAUGAGAUUGAAUUUAUCAAAUUUUUGCUUGGUUCUUCACCUGUCCUUGAGAAAAUGUUUAUCAUUCCUUAUAUAAGUAAUAAAGAAUAUCGGUUGAAAAUGUUGGUCGAAUUGAUGAAAUUUCGAAGAGCUUCUUCUAAAGCAGAAAUUUAUUUCACCUGCCUUGAGUAUCCAAUCUGUGUUUCUCCAGGUUUUCGAGACUAGGGAGAACGGACACCACUUCUGUCCUCCAAAGAAAGUUUUUUAUGCAAUUUGGAAGAAGGGAAUGCCAGAUUUCUUUCCAAAACCUGUUCAACAAGAAUCUACAAGUCCAAGGUAGCGGCCUUGUGUUCUCUGACCCUCCAAGAUAUUGUAAAAUAUCUUUUCUAUAAUAUAAUAUU